AUGUUGAAGGGUGGUUGGCCAUCAGGUGAUUUGAUGACCGAGAUAACAAUGGUUUUGCUCCGCGAAGGCCUUGGAUACCACGCAGUGGUGGACGACAGACUUGCCACCUAUGGCGCCUCCCCAAUCUGGGCCUUAGCUGGCUGUGAGAACUUUGACGAUGCCAGCAAGAGAAUUUGUGGAGAAACAGAAACCAAAAUUCAUGUGGCGGUAGACUCUUGGAUUGGAAGCUAUGCUAAAGAAUAUGAGGAAAUGAGGACAGCACACCAAUCGAUUCUUCCGGUGAUUUUGAGCAGCAUGGGCUAUGAUGGCGAGGAAACUUUGUAUGUUUCGGAAGCCACCUUUGCAGCUGGCUACGAAGAUGUGGGCCUGGCGCUUGACUUUCAUCGAAGCUACAACAGGAGCCAUCAUGAUCCAAAAAAGUAUUUCAGUUCCACGGACGACAUUCCACUCACAGAGCUGAGUCUGUGUAACGCAACUCAUAUGAGCAAUACUGAGCGCAUUAGUCAGUAUUUUCGAUACACGGGUGAUGCAGGGGGCGUUCGGCAGCAAGCAGAUGGCAGCUAUUUUGCUCACUGCCCGGAUGGUGUGUGGUGGCUAUCCCCAGCUUGUCGGGAAAACAUCUCUGGGUGCAUACCGACGCUCACCUCAUCGGUAGGCUGGAGGUUGCAAGCUAUGAUGCAUUGGUCAACAGUUUAUGGCAUGCCAAUGGCAAUAGGAAUCAUAGGUGAUUUCAGCCUCUGGGUGCAGCGUGUCAAGAGGAUCUCGGCUUUGUUUUACUGGUGGGUUCCUGAUUCGACAUUUAGCGAUCUCCGGCCCCUGCAAAUUGUCUUCCCGCGCCACAGUCCAAGCGAGUGGGCCGCGGGGGACAAAAAGACCAGUGGAGCUGGAUCGUUUGUUGCCAAGAUGGUUUCAUCCAACUUGGCUUUCAAGGCUCGCCCAGUGCAGGAGUUUGUGUCGCAGAUUAAGAUGGAACUUCCAACGCUUCAGGCCUUGCUUCUGAGGACUCAGUCAGAGCCGGUAGAUGCCAUUGCAUGCCAAUGGGUGAAAGAGAACGAACAAACUUGGCAGAGAUGGCUUCCGUUUCAGACGAAGUGUUUCGAAGGCUUUGGAAUUGUUGACACCACAGGUGCCUACGUAUCAACCCGCAGCAAAGCUGCCUCUUGCGGAAUAUGCCAAUCCGGCACCUUCUCGGAUGAAUUGGAGGAUGAACAUGGAAAGACAUACCGGUGCGCUUCCUGCCCACCAGGAUCCAGCCAAUCUAAAGCCUCCUCUACUGCUUGUGAAGCAUGCCCAAAAGGCACAGCCACUCAUGAAUGGGGCAGUGAAGAAUGCACACCUUGUGAUGUGGGAAGUUUUCAGAACCUUCCUGGACAAAGCUUGUGCAGGCCAUGUGAGCAGCACCGAACAACCCGCUUGCUGGGGGCAACAAAGCAAGCAGAUUGCGUUUGUGAAGCAGAACGAAUUGAGGAAAACGGAGCUUGUAUUGUGUGCAUGAGAGGCAUGUCGUGCCCAAUUGGGGCCACUACCAAGCAGCUGCUGGUUGUGAACAGCACUUUUGUGGGUCAUCCUCAUCUUCAAGCCGGGUACAACAGUGAUCCUUCUGCACCGCUCUCAACAUACAAAUGCGUAGGCUCCAGAUGCCCUGGUGGUUCACCUGGAACUUGCACAGGGGGUCUUGUAGGGCCUACAUGUGGAGCUUGCCCUUCGCAACAGUUUGUCGGCAUCAAUGAGUGCAGAGAUUGUCAUUUAUUGAUAUCAGUCAUGUGGGUCGCCAGCUUCAUCCUCCUUCUGGCAGCGAACGUGUGCUCAUACCUCCUUGCAACAAGCAAGUACACCCACAAGGCCACUUCACUUCUUUGCAUCACCACCAGCUUGGGCAUGCUGUUUGUCUUGUUCCAGAAUGUAGGUGUGUUGCACACAAUGCCUAUCUCGUGGCCCAAUGGCUUGAGUGCCAUACUGCGCUUUGCAGCUCUCUUCUUGCUCAGCUUGCAGGGCCUCGGUCUAAGUUGCGUCACUGGCAGCAUUGCUUCGGAAUAUGUAGCUUCCACCGGCGUAUUUUGGUUGCUGCUGGUCACCUUGCCAGUGGUCUGCCUUAUCACCAAGAUGAUUCCUUACCUUGUUCGCCGUGAGAUGGAUUGGAACUUGCUGAAGGUCUGGAGCACGAUUGGACAGUUUUUCCAGGUUGGCUUCACCACAAUGGCCAGUUUGGGUGCUGCCCCUUUCGCCUGCUUCAAGCAUCCAAGUGGGCAGGCACCCAGCUGGUCCGGCACCCCGAAGCUCAAUGCCGCCCGCUUCUUGGUGGUGCGAUUUCGUCCUGAUGUCUGGUGGUUUGGAUUGAUCUUGCUUGCGAGAGGGCCGUUCUUGUCUCUACCCGCCAUCGUGCUUACAGGUUUGCCAGGCUUUCACCUUGCCACAAUGGUGAUGGUGUUGCUUCUUUGUCUUUGCCUGCAGAUUUGGUUCUUGCCAUGGAAAGCGCCGAUUCUCAACCUGGUGGACGCGUUGUCGAAUGGCUUCUUCGUAUUGCUUUUGGCGGUCUCCUUAGCAUUCCUUGAGGUGGCGUCUGAGGAGGAAAGGCACCUCUUGGAAGGAACUGCAGUCGUAUUCUCCGUUGCUAUGGUGUCGGUGUUGGUCUUCAUGAUUCUGCUUACAGCUGCCGCAAUUGGGUGUACUUCUGGCAUGGGAAGUUCCCGAGAUUCUGUGGUCUUCAACCUUGGAAGUGUUCCUCAAGCCAGGGAAGUCUUUUGCGUCUUGACUGAUAUUGCCGCCUAUAUCCAAGAAGAGUCUGAGGAUAAAGAAGCAGAAAUGGUUGCCUGCUUGGAAGCUUUCUCUGUCUAUGACCUUGAUGCAGUCAUGCGAGCGAUGAACCUUUUAGCAGAUGAUCUUGAGAUGGUUGUGAAUAUGGACAAGACUUUCGGCACUCGUAUCAACAGUGGCACGCGGUCUGUCAGGCCGACAGAGAUGUUUUUGAAGCGUUUAUCCUCCAGGAAACACGCGAGCAAGCUUUCAAUAGCCUCAAGGACCUCCGGCUUGAGGGAAUCGACCGCAAGAAAGCGAGCUUCCAGGGCACCGCGAGAUCGUUCGGAGUUUCGCAGCUCAGAGUACACACUCUAUGCUCUGGAAAACAAGCUCAACGGCGAGGAGGAUGUUGACGGAGAUGACAGCACGAAGGAUGAUGUGGUGGAAGUUUGA